ACCCUGGUCGUAAUCUUGUGACCUCAAAAUCUCAGCGCACACUCAAACACACUACAGUACACACACUUCCUCAGUCCAAAAGACCCAAACCAAGCGAACCAAAAAUCAAGCAAACACAUACCUUCCGAUGUUGUCAUCGCCCAUACUUGUCUCCCUCACUUUCUUCAUUUCCCUCCCUCUCGUCCUACUCUUCUCCCCACAAUUCCUCACCACCUCUUACCUCCCCUUCACCUCCGACACUCACGACCACACCCUCUUCCGCCGCGCCAGCGUCACCGCUGCUCACACCACCACCACCACCACAAACAACCCCAAAAUUGCCUUCCUCUUCCUCACAAACUCCAACCUCUCCUUUGCCCCCCUGUGGGAGAAAUUCUUCUCCGGCCAUCGCCAUCUCUUCAACAUCUACAUCCACGCGGACCCGUCCUCCACCGUCGCCGAUCCUGGCGGCGUCUUUCGACGCCGCUUCAUCCCUUCCAAGAAAACCAACCGCGCCUCACCUUCCCUCAUAUCUGCCGCCCGCCGCCUCUUGGCAUCCGCCCUCAUCGACGAUCCCCACAACCAAUAUUUCGCCCUCGUCUCCCAACACUGUGUUCCUCUAUUGUCGUUUCGAUUCGUUUACAGUUACUUAUUUUGCAACUCAAUCCACUCCAGUUUCAUAGAGAUACUCUCCAACGAGACCAACCUGUAUGACAGGUAUGUAGCUCGUGGAGAAAACGCCAUGCUGCCGGAAGUGCCGUACGAGGAGUUCCGGGUCGGGUCACAGUUCUUUGUCCUGACCCGGAAGCAUGCGGGGGUUGUGGUGAGGGACAGGAAGCUGUGGAGGAAGUUCCGGCUUCCAUGCGUGACAGAGGAACCGUGUUACCCAGAGGAGCACUACUUUCCGACGCUGCUGUCCAUGGAGGACAGGAAGGGGUGCACCGGAUUCACACUCACAAGGGUUAAUUGGACCGGUUGCUGGGACGGGCAUCCUCAUCUGUAUACGCCGUCGGAGGUUUCGCCGGGGCUCAUUCGCCGGCUAAGAGUGUCAAAUUCGAGCUACCCGUUCCUCUUCGCGAGAAAGUUCUCGCCGGAGUGUCUCGCGCCGCUUAUGGAAAUCGCUGAUGAUGUCAUUUUCCGGGACUGAAUUGACAUCGGACAAUCAAUACCAGCCUUAGCCACCUAAAGCGUGUGAACAGAUAGGAUGUCCAUAUUUCAAAGCAAAUUGGUUCCCUUUUACUCAGUUAUUUACCUUUUCUUUCUUUCCUUUAGUUUUCUUUCUUUUAUUUUAAGCUAAACGGGAGCUUCAACUUUUGGAGACACCUAACUUGGUUUGCCCUUCGGUUUUCGGGUAUAUGCCUUUUUUUUUUUCCAGGGAAUCUUUGAUGAGUUCGGGAAUACUAAAGACAUCUUAAUGUAAAAUGCCAAUGUCUUGGAGUCUUCUUGAUGUGUAUAGAAAAUUCGAUUGCUUUUUUAACUGUAAAGUGUAAUUGUAAUUCGAAUUUCAAGUGUGUGAAUGAACAAGGUGUUUUGGUAUGGCUGCAGAAAAAAGGCAAGGCUGGUCUCCAAAGGAGGCCUAAAUUGUCAAUUAAUGAGCAAUAGUUCAAUUGUAAAUUCGGGGUACGUUUUGUUUAUUAUUAGUGUAGUAUUUUUAUUCGUAAUAAUACUAUGGGAAUAUUAAUAAUUAUUACGGGAAUAUAAAUUUUUU